CAAACCAUGCCCCAUCUUCAAAGCGCUAAAAAAAAAAAAAAAGAGGAAAAAACGAAAAUGGGACUGACUAAGUAUUAUUUAUCCCUAGCCGUUGUAUGCUGCUUUACAGGACUAUUCCUGAGCAAAGUCCAUUCCCAUCCAAGAAAGAACCCGAACCAGGACUUCGUUCGCGCUCACAAUGCGGCUCGAGCUCAGGUGGGUGUCGGUCCGAUCACUUGGAACUGGACUGUGGCAGCCUAUGCCCAAAACUACGCAAAUCAGAAGAUCAACAACUGCGAGAUGGAGCACUCGGGGGGACCUUACGGAGAGAACUUGGCGGAAGGUUAUGGUUCGAUGACCGGUGAAGAGGCGGUGAAGUUUUGGGUAACGGAGAAACCCUACUACAACUAUCGCACCAAUUCAUGUGUUGGCGAUGAGUGCUUGCAUUAUACUCAGGUGGUUUGGAGAAAGUCCGUACACCUAGGGUGUGCCAGGGUAAAGUGCCAUAAUGGUUGGAUGUUUGUGAUUUGCAGCUAUGACCCCCCUGGUAACUAUGAGGGGGAGCGUCCAUAUUGAUUUAAUGAUUAAUGGUUUUUUCCUUUUUAUGUAGUACUAUCUGCUGGUGAAAACCCAAUAUAUAUGUCUUUUGAUUGACGAAAAUUAGUGAGGAUUGUUUUCUGAAUUUUAAUGUAUGGAUCCAGUUGCUAUGU